AUGUCUUCCACAAAUGAUUUUGGCACACCAGAAAAGAUGCCACUGCUAACAUGGUUAUUGCCGAGGUCUGAGAACCUCCACCAGUGGUUAUACAACGGCUGGAGAUGUCUUUACAAAUGGCUCAACGAUUUUACAGUCGGAGCCAAGUUUCAACAUUUCAUUUAUUGUGUAUCCAUCUUUGCUCAAUUUCGGAACAAGAUAUUUGACCCAGGUGCUUUCACUAGGGCUGUAGAAGAUGGUAACAUAGACUUGUUUCUAAUCUUGCUCAAUGCGUUGGAGGGGAUGACUGGACCAGCCGCAGGGCCAUUUGAUGAGGAAAAUCCAGUGCAGGAAGAGGGAAAUUCCCUUCAGGCCCUGAAUGAUGCUGUUUUUGGUGACGGCAUGCCAUUACUUCACUUUCUCUGCAGUAUACAAGAUAUUGAUAAGACAUUUAUCAAAGCCCUUCUGCACAAAAACAUCGAUAUCAACCUUUCUUGUCCUCAACAUGGCAGACCUAUUCACAUUGUUUGUUCUAGAAACUGUCCUGAAAAUUUAAAGGUGUUGCUGGAGUAUGGUGCCAAAAUUCUGGAGGCGGGAGAACAAGCUUGGGAGGAAAACUCACCAUUUUAUGUGUCCUCACUCUGUGGGCAUUUUGAAAUUAUCAGUAUCCUGUUCUCAUACCAACCAAGAUUAAUUCGUGAACAAGAUGUCCGAAGUUGUCUGCUGUAUGCAGCAUGUGCAGGUGGUAACAAGGAUAUUGUGAGUAAGUGGUAUUGUCCAGGGAUGGAUAUAAACCAACCAAAGCCAUACAUUCAGUCCCUAGACAACUCAGGAGACAACACUCCUAUAUUUGCAGCUUGUGCAGGUGGUCAUUUUGAGGUGGUUCAGCUCCUGGUUGAGAUGGGAGCACGUCUCACACAUAGAGUGUGUACCGAUUUUCCGGUGAUUACUGGCAGAAUUUUAUCAGAGUGUGUUCAGCAGGCAACAUCGGAAGACAUAUUGGACUCGGAUGUCACAAAAAUAAUACAUGUUGCAGAUUACAAAAAAAUUCAGUUGAGAGCUUUUCAUGGUGACUGGCUGAGAGUGUACACUGAGACUUUAGUAUCUAUAAAUAUCAGUGAGAACUGUCUGGAGGAGCUACCUAGAGAAAUACCAUGGUCUUUCCCAAAUCUCCAGCGGUUCAAUGCCUCACACAACUCCCUCGUACACCUCACAUGUGGUUCGGCACGCCCUGUGUGUCAAUGUUUAAAGUGGAUUCAGUUAAGCCACAAUGAGUUGGAAACCGUGUGUACUGAGUUGUUCCAGAUCGCAGGACUUGAGGAGCUAUAUCUCAGCCACAACAAACUACAGUAUUUAGUACGGGAGCACCAGUUCAUUUUCUCCAGGGUUUCCGUCAGUGAGGAUGUGUCAUCGGUUAGUCCCAAAAGUAGGGAUUGGUCAUGUGAUAAGCUAACACGCCUUGUUGUGUCCCACAACCAGCUGAAGAUGCUACCUGGUGCCAUCAAACAGUGCUCUGGACUUGUGGCAUUAGACGCCAGCCACAACUGUAUGACUGCAUUCUGUGGAGGCUGGGAUUGUAACUUGGGUCACUUGAACUUAUCAUUCAAUGAGCUUGAGCGGUUUCCUGAAGACAUUGAGAUGUUCUGGUGUGGAAGUCUCCAAUUUCUAAACCUUGAUCACAAUCAACUGGAAUUCCUGGCAGGGAGCAUUGUUAAACUUUGUGCACUGACUGACCUGAUCGUGUCCAACAAUCGGUUAUCAAUGCUCCCCAAACCUGAAAUGUGGGAUUGUCCACAACUCUACUUGCUCAAUCUCUAUGGCAACCAACUGGGUCAGGCCCAAGGGUUGUCUCCAGGGGCACCAGGAACCAGAUUCAGGCCGAGACUACAGCGAAUUCCAUCUGCCAGUGCCACUAGAAUAGUACUCCCAAAAUUUCUCUGUUACUGUCUACACGACCUGAACCUCGGAGAUAAUCACUUAGAUUGUGUGCCAGAGGGCAUCUGUCAUCUAUCCUUGCUAACUAACCUCAAUUUGUCAAAAAACCCAGGCAUUAAAAUCCUGCCAGAUGAGAUGGGUGGGCUAACAUCACUUACUAGUUUACAUUUGGAAGAAACUUCAGUCAAGCACAUGUGUGUCCAGUCUGAUGAUCUGUACCAGUGGACCAAGGACAAAAUCCUAAAUUUACAACAUCAAUUCAGGAAGUGUAAACCAUAUAACAAAAUCAAGCUUGUCAUAUUGGGAAAGAAGGAUAAAGGAAAGACAACUCUAGCAGGACUGCUACGUGGAAAUAAGAUGGCUACAUUUCAUGGGACUGGAAUACACAGAUGGGAAAUGAAGUUGGGUGCCUCAGGAAUCUCGCUGUUAAAGCGUAGCCCUGAAAUCACUCUGUCUGUUUGGGACAUGGCAUGCUCAGAUCAAUACAUCCCUGCUCAGCAAUGUUUCUUCACUAAGAACUCACUCUACAUCCUGGUGUGGGACAUAUGGUCACUUGAUACUGAACUGGACUUGCUAGGACACUGGUUGUACAGUAUAGAGGCAAGGACACCAAACUCCAGGGUCAUUCUUGUCACAACUUUCUUAGACAAGAACAAACACUUGACCGAUGCUCAGCGUGAUGAGAAAGUGUCCCGUAUUCUGAGCCUGGUAAUAGAACGCUAUGGACCAGGAAGUUCGAGGAGUUCCCUUUGUAGUGAGCUUGACCUCAACAACAUCAUACCUGUGUCCUGUACUACAAAGGAAGGAAUUCCUCUACUGAAACAGAAGCUGUUUGAAAUUGUCUCGAAUAUGUAUGAUCCUGUGAAGGGGUCUAGUAUCGGAAAACUUCUCAAUCGCAAAGUACCAUUAUCCUACCUAUCAGUAGAGAAGGCUAUAGAACAGAAACUAGCCUUAAAAUUAAGUCAGGGAGAUCCACCCUUCAUGGAAGAGGAAGAAUUCCAGGAGCUCAUUAGAUCAAUUCCUAACAACGACAUCACUACCGAGGAUGACAUCACUGCUGUGACCCAGUUUCUGGUGGAGACAGGCUCACUGCUACACUACAGUGACCAGUUACGUGGUCUAAGUACAUUGUACAUCCUCGACCCUUCAUGGCUGUGUGACCUGCUGGCAAAAGUUUUAACUGAUGACUACAAUGGUAUUGAUGGACAAAUUGGGCGUGAUGGAAAGAUCAGUGUUGCAGACGUGACAAAACGAUACAUGGAUGACCCAAGUUUCCCUGACGAAUACAUUGGCCAAUACCUUCAGCUGUUGGAGCGAUUUGAAAUUGCACUGUCAGUGGACGAUGGGAGAAGAUUGUUUAUCCCGGGUCGUUUGUCACAAAGUCCAGCCCUGCAGCUUCAUUCUCAAGAGUAUAGUGGUACUAAUGUGUAUCGACUCUAUCAGAUGGCCUUCAUACCAACGGGUUUCUGGAGUCGUCUUCUGUCGCGUAUAAUGGCUCGCCUUCAACUGCUGGAGCAGCCAAAUUGGAAAUUUCAGUCCUCAAUGUUAGGAGCAAAGCAGACAGGGACACGAACUGUUGGUCAGAGCCGUAUGCAGCACACUGUCAUUGGAAGGCAGUUCUCUGGACAUUUAAAUGGACUACACAUUAAGAAGAAGGAUAUGAUCUACUGGCAGGAUGGCAUUUGUAUGAGACACACUACAGGGUACUUCAAACUAGAGACAAUCCGUAUACCUCAGAGAAGAGAAAGACCUUCUAAGAUGGGUAUACUAGUUGUGGUCCAUUCUACGGUGGAUGAGUUUUCUAUUUUGGGCACUAUAGUAGAUGAGAUUGAUGAUCUGUUGACUGACCACUAUCCAGGUCUGUUGGAAUGGGAUAACUCUGGUGAGCCGCGAGUCCAGAGAUAUGCUUUAUGUCAGCGCUGCUAUGACGAUAUUUCCACUUCAUCACUGCCACCAGACUAUGAUCACUUCACAGUGGAACACUGCGCACGGGUUAUCCGUACAGACGACACAAUGCUGUGUAAAACAGGAUCACUUAUUCCUCUGGAGCAGCUUGUCCCAGAACUUCUUGUUAAGGAAAUUCCUCAAGAGUACCACUUGGAUCAGACCAAUUUAGAGGUCCAGCUUGAUGCCAUUCUUGGACGAGGUGUUAGUGGGUCAGUGUUCAAAGGUCGGUAUGGCAACAUUGACGUAGCAGUCAAGUAUUAUCAUGGCAUGCCCACUGGUCUUCAAUCCUCGGGGAUAGAUAGCAUGGACAGUGGGAAAGCAUCCUGGCCCAAAGGUAUGGCAAAUAACUCAUCAGAAAAAACUAGCUCUGAUUUCCAAGAUGAAGCCAACCCAUAUGGAAACUAUAAGGACUUAAGAGAAAUCACCACUUUAGAUACAGACGAAGCCAAUAGUCUGAAGGCAUGGAAGUCAUUUAUGGAGAUGAGACAAGAGGUCGCAGUUACAAGCAAGCUUCAACACCCUUGUGUCAUUUCAUUUAUUGGUAUCUGUGUCAAACCAAAGCUUCUCAUGUGUCUGGAGUUCGCUGCCCUUGGCAGUCUUAGGAACGUUCUGGAUGCUGAAAAAGUGAACAGGAAACCGUUCAAUAAACAUCGUGACCGGGACAAGGUAUUCAGAAUGAUAUUAAGUAAGGACCUGACGUACAAGAUGGUGUUUCAGAUUGCCACUGGUCUGGACUAUCUACACAAGCAUGGAAUUAUCUACCGUGAUCUCAAGUCUGACAACAUCCUGGUCACCACGCUUGACCUUACUGCCCCGGUGAAUCUGAAGUUGUCUGACUAUGGAAUCUCAAAGUUCUACAGCUCUGGUGGAACCCUAGGCAUGGUGGGAACUCCUGGUUACCAGGCCCCAGAGAUCAUGGAUGCUCAAUUCUAUGACGAAAAAGUGGAUAUUUUUUCGUUUGCGAUGGUCAUCUAUGAAGUGGUUUCGGGAGAAAGGCCGUAUGGAGACCUUCGUAAUAUUGGACAAAUUACCACAGCCAUCAAACAGGAAGGGAAGCGUCCUAGUCUUAAGAGUUUCAACUUAGACACACGUUUUCCACAAUUAGAACAGCUGAUGGAAAAAUGCUGGAGAGACAAGGGGACUGACCGACCCAGUACAAUGGAUAUUGUUGAUGGUGACCACCUGCGCAGUGUCCAGUUCCUUUGUAAACACAAAAUCUUUGACAAAUGCCAUGGGGAAAUAGACUUGAUCACACCUGUCACAGAUGGUGAAAAGCGUUUGGUUUGGAUUUGGGAAGGGACAGAUACAGACAGAAGUUACACCAUAGUAGACAUGACCACCUGCAUGUACCAUGAAAAGAAGCCUUUGGCUGGCCCCACAGUCACCUGUAUGUGUAAGGUUGAUCAGGAGGUGUGGCUUGGCACAGAUGUAGGAAGUGAUGAGGGAAUGGUUGAAGUAUGGAAACAAUUGACCUCUGGACAGCUUCAACGCCAGAUCACUUUUGCAUGUGAUGGUAUUCCUACAAACAUCAUCUACCUCAAAGGUAGCAGAAAGACUGGAAAUAAACUUUAUGUGACACUUCAUAAUGGGAAGUUACGCACAUACACGAUGACCUUGCCAUCCAAUCAGGAUUCACUCCAGACUGAAGUUUCUGAAAGUGGAUGGUCCUGUCAGCGUAACAGUCAGCAGAUUUCUGACAAAGAGGCUUGUUGUGCAGUACAUGUCAUGUCCUGUAACGGAGAAGAAUUAUGGGUUGGUUGUGGCCCAGACAUAGUCGUGUACAGUGUAGCCACAUCAAUGGUUGAAAAUAGAAUCCAUAUCGGGAAAAUGCUGCAAGAAUAUGUAUGUGAUUACACCAGUUGUCUGAGUGUACAGAUGUUGGUGCAGGGAGAUGGCCGUGUGUGGUGUUUGAUGUGUGAUACAGCUUUUAUUGUAGAACUAGAUACAGAUAUGGGCAUAGCCACACAUAUCUACAGCUGUGAUCUUGACAAUCCUCACAGUAUGAACAUGGCUAAAAAGAUGCCGAUGGAUAUUCUUGAAAAAGUUGGAAAAGAUGAGGACACUGAAGAUGAUGAUGAGGAUUCUUCUGGCAGCUCUCUGUCCAUUGACAUUGAUUUUCGUCCCAAAGUACCGCCACGAAGGUCACCUUCAAAUACUGUUGAAGGGCCACCACAACGCCCUCCACGACCUAGACUGACCAGUAUACCAGCAUUUCCAAAAAAGAACACAGUACCAGAUAAAAAAGGUGGUACGCUUCCCUCAAUGUCGCGACGGUAUUCACUCAGCAACAUUGUCAUCAACUCAAUUUGUAUUGUUGGUGACACAAUCUGGAUCAGUCGUAACCGUGGUGAUAUCCUCAUCAUCUGUACAUUAAACUACGAAUCAUUCAAGAAAGGGGAGGUAAUAGCCAUUUUGAAUUGUAGAAAUGACCAUUAUCAAGUUAAAGGAAAGGUUGAAACUGUCCAGGAAUCUCAAACAGGUCAUUGUGUGGUGGAAUCUCUGUUAUGUGUCAAUGAUUUGGUGGUGACUGUGAUUCGAGACAAUCUCACACGCUCACAUCUGGUUGGCUGGGAAGCCUAUAGUUGUACAAACAUUGCUAAUAUUCGGAGAUACUGGAAGGUACGAGCAAGGGAAGAGAUGGUAAAGAGGAAAUCACGACUUCAGAAACUACAAAUACCAAGUCAAAUUUCUGAAGGCAAUUCUUGAAUUAUUGUUUAGCUUUCUUUGUGGUACAUAUAUAUAUAUAUAUAUAUAUAUCAGAUUUUCAGGAAAGAUGAAGUGAAGAGAUAUUAUUGUGACCAUCAGGUGUUACUUGAUUAUUCCCGCAACAAGACCAGGAGGCAGACUUAUAAUCUAUAGCUCUGCUAUUGAUGCCAAUGGAUUUAUCCCUGGACAUGGCCUCGGUGCCAAAUAGAUACAAUACAUACGUGAAAGUGUGCCAGGUAAUAUAACAAUGCACAAGGCAUCUAACUGUUCCAUUAGAACAGUUUCUUGUAGAAAUUGUUUUUGUUUUUGCUACAUCAUGUAACAUGUCCCAUGUGUGUUUUAUGUACCUUUGUGUUAGUAUAAAAUUUGUAGUUUCUGUGCCAUAGCGAUUCAUGUGGUUGUAACUGUCUGUUAGAAUGGACUGUUGAGUUUUAGUGCCACACCACUCUGUGCCAUGAGGUUGUACCUUCAUAAUAAUGUACAGUGGAGAUUCUGUGCCACACUGCUCUGUGUGGAUGUAACUUUAUAUUAAUGGACAGUGAAGUUUCUGUGCCACACCGCUCUGUGAAGAUGUAACUUUAUAUUAAUAGACAGUGAAGUUUCUGUGCCACACUGCUCUGUGUGGGUGUAACUUUAUAUUAAUGGACAGUGAAGUUUCUGUGCCACACUGCUCUGUGUGGUUGUAACUUUAUAUUAAUGGACAGUGGAGUUUCUGUGCCACACUGCUCUGUGUGGUUGUAACUUUGUGUUAAUGUACAGUGGAGUUUCUGUGCCACACUGCUCUGUGUGGUUGUAACUUUAUAUUAAUGGACAGUGGAGUUUCUGUGCCACACUGCUCUGUGUGGUUGUAACUUUGUGUUAAUGUACAGUGGAGUUUCUGUGCCAUACCGCUCUGUGUGGUUUUAACUUUAUAUUAAUGGACAGUGAAGUUUCUGUGCCACACCGCUCUGUGUGGUUGUAACCUUGUGUUAAUGUACAGUGGAGUUUCCGCUCCACGUGGUUAUACAUUUGUGUUAAUGUACAGUGGAGUUUCUGUGCCUUACCACCAUUAUUAAUUAACAGCGGAGUUGAUGUGACUCACCGCUCCAUACGGUUGAUAUUGUAAAGCUGUGAUAAUUUGUUGAGAGAACUAUUUAUCUUAGGGUGUAUUGCGACAUACAUUGUAGAUUGUUGAUUAUAACAUAUAGCUUCAGACUCAAAACUAUGGGAUGGGUUUUUACAGGAGACAGAAUUUUUUUACAUUUCUGCUAAAAUUGUGUAAAAAGAUUUACUACAAGAUAUGACCAUACCACUGUGUAAAUACAGCAGUUAAACCAUUCCAAUUUAUUUUGUUUAUGAACAGUUCAAUUACAUGAUAGUCUCAUUUAGUUUUUGUCUCACAAUUUCUCGAAAUAUUAUAUGUAGAAAUACAUAGAUACUGGAGUAUAGAAGCUGCAUUCUGAUUUAUCAUCAUCUCAUAUU